AUGUCUGAGUUGUCUUCUCCUACCUCUACCUAUACUACUGCAACUGAAGACUCAUUCACAUUAGUUAAUAAAGAGGAAGACUUGAAUCUUAGCGAAACAGUUAUUAAAAUUUUAGAAAAAGAGGAAAUUAAUGGCUAUGCCUUCUUAAAGAUUACUGAAGAAAAGCUUCACAAUUAUGGAAUACCAGCUAAAGUAACCUGUGAAAUUCAAGUUUCUGAUAAGCAUUUCGCACAUUGCAUAGCAGAAAUUAUGGAUGCUAAAAACUUGAUUUGUAUUAUAGAGAAUAAACAGCACCAGAUAUCCAUAGGUAUGGCCCAAAAUAUCUGCCAACUUAAGAGUUCAUAUGAAACAAACAAGAAAAAACAAAAAGCAAGUGAUACUUUGGACGGGAUCUUACAAGGUAGUAAAUUACUAUAUACUAUUGAAUUUACUGAAGAUGCUUUGGAUGAAGAAUCCGAGGAAUAUCAAACAUUGCAUAAAAGUGUAAGAAGAGUAUUGGGAGCGGUUGUAGGUAUGUUGAAAGAUAGGGCAUGUGUAGAUAAGUCUGGUGCGAAAAAGAAAGCAUAG